AUGGAAGCAGUUCUGCCUGUUGAGAUAGAAAUCCCCUCGCUACGGGUAUUGUCCCAAGUGAAACUGUCUGAUGCAGAGUGGAAGCAGCAAAGACUAGAGCAGUUGAAUAUGAUCGAUGAAAAGCGGCUGAAAGCUCUUUGUCAUGGUCAAUGCUAUCAACAGAGGAUAACCAGAUCAUUCAACCGAAAGGUUUUGCCUCACUAUUGCAGCAUAGUUUUAGCUGAGGAGAUCACUGAGAGUGAUGAAGGCGCUCUUAAAUAUCUCAAAGAUAUUAAGCGGUGUAGAAUAGACGACCCCAAAGGGUUUAAACUUGAGUUCUUAUUUGAUACAAACCUCUACUUUAAGAACUCUGUCUUGACAAAGAUCUAUCACAUGAUAGAUAAAGACGAACCUAUUAUGGAGAAAGCAAUUGGGACAAAGAUCGAAUGGUAUCUAGGAAGAUGCUUGACACAGAAGCUCCUAAAAAAAAAGCUGUCGGAGAAGCCAAAACACGGGAUUGCCCAGGAAGUUUUCCAAGAGGAUUCUGAUGGUGGAAAAGAAGACUGGUGA